AUGAACAAAGUUGCUCUCGACAUCGUGGAGGAGUUCCUAGAACUGGGACGGGAAGUAAGUGUGACCAAACUUAUGGCAAUGUUUGCGAUUAUCAAACGCCGCUUUCCGGCUAGAUUGUUGCCGGCUUCUCUUCGGGACCUCCUUCCAUUGGACAAGGGUCAUGUGCAGAACGGUCCUCGGAUGUUUUGGCAGUGGCUCAAUCGACAAGUAUGGCGGAGGAUGUUGCCUAGACAUGUUCCGUUCGCAUCCAUAUAUGCCUACUCCUUCCAACUCUUCUCUCAACGCUUUUUGGGAGCUGACCCAGAUGCUCUGUCUGCUUUUUGGGAGCAGAACAAAAAUAGUGCUUGGUUCCAGCAGCACCCGAUCUUGUCACAGCAAGGCACAGAUCUAUCACGAUGCGUUCCGCUAUCCAUCCAUGCUGAUGAUUCUAAGAGCCAUCGGCGUCGAUCUUUCUGUGUGUGCACACUGUCGUCUGUGUUGGUUGGGGAGUGCUCUCCUUUUGAUGCCAGACUACUUCUCUAUAUGGCUAUAUGA